CCAGCGCCGGAAUCCGGUGGCAACCUCCGCUGCUCCUCCUCCCCCUCCUCUUCACCAGCCAGUCUCCAUACGCGACCCCCUCGCCUCACCAAGUCGCAAACGGCGGCGGCGUGCGCGCCCUACGUGGCCUCACCUCCGCCACCGCUUCCGCCUCACCGACGUGUCAGCAUCUCGUCCACAGUACCCGCCUGGACGAUUGGCAAUUCCUCCUCCUACUUGUCUGUCUUCGCCCCAGCUCUUCCACCAAACUCCGUGCCCUCUUCGUCUCGCACUGAGCUCCUUGCGCGCGAACAUGGCGGCGUUAGGUACCCUGGUCGUGUACAGGACGGUGUUCGCGGCGCUCGGCUGCCUCAUGGUGGGCACCCUGGUGUACACCUGCAUCACCGACGGCUCGCCGUUUCGCGCCGAGCUGCUGACUCCGUGGAUGGUGACAACACUGAUUGAUUUUUAUGUAAAUAUGGCAGCAAUUUCGACUUGGGUUGUCUACAAGGAAGGAAAUUGGAUUAGUUCUAUCUUCUGGGUAGUACUGUUGAUUUGUCUCGGCAGUGCCACUACAUGUGCUUAUAUUGUUAGCAAGUUAUUUGAGAUAACAUCUUCAGGGCUUUCCCAAAAUCCACUUGAUCUUUUGCUGCUCAGGCAAGAUAAUCUACCCGAAAGGAAGUGUUCUUUUGUCGUCAUCGGGAGAACUAUUUUCAGCAUUUUGGGCAUACUCAUGGCUGCACUUGUCACGUAUACUGUCAUUACAGAUGGAUUGCCUUUCAGGAAGGAUUUGUUGACACCGUGGAUGGCUGCAACCUUAAUUGACUUCUAUAUAAAUAUCUUUGCAAUAUCGGUAUGGGUUGUUCACAGGGAGUCGACUUGGAUCUCAGCAGUCAUUUGGAUAUGCUUGUUGAUAUGCUUUGGAAGCAUCACAACAUGUGGCUAUAUUGUGGUUCAACUUCUCCAAGUGUCAUACCAAGACCCAGUCUACCAUCUGCUACUGAAUUCCCAUAGCAAGUAUGGAAUCGCACCCUUGCAGAAGAUCUGAAAACUCAUUGAAGAGAUAUGUUCUUGGUACACAAUAAUGUCCCCUCUGUCUAUAAAGGUGCCACAAUAAAAGGGUAUACCAGAGUAGCAAUUAGAGAAGUUUUUUCUUUGUGGAAUGAAAUGAUUUCUUAACGAAGUUGAAGCUCCUUGUUAUGGUCUCAAAGGUGGUUUUGUAAUUGUAUAUCAAAUUUAAUUGCUUGGCAAAUGAUAGACAGCAGGUUUUUUCUUUUUUACGAA